AUGGAAGAGUCUGUCCCAGAUACCCCCAGCCUCCGCAGGAAUGUCGACGACGACGAGGACGACGCAGCAGAAACUGUCGCCACUGUCCUCAUUGCGCCCAAGACCCAGCAGCAAACGCCUCUCUCACAGCGCUUCACCCAGCCAACUCAGAUUAUCGAACGCACUCCUAACGAGCCCAAUUCCGUUGUUCAAGUUGCUGCGUCUUCACCACCAAUAUCUUCUUCUCCUUCCAGACCUGGCAGAGGAGGCGUCUUGGCGAAUUUGAUGGCCCCGAGUGGCACGCAGUAUCGCCCUCCGACAAAUUCUCUUCCGCAGAAACGCGCACAGGUUUUGAGUGACGACGAAGGCCCCAACUACGCCGGCGGUUCUUCUGACGACGACGAGUUGACCCUGGUGAAUAUCAAGCCUCGAUUGCUGACGAAAUCAUCCAAGAGCCCGGAAAAGAUAAUGGAGUCGCCAGUUUCCAACAAGGAGGGCUCUGGCCAUAAUAAGACAUUUAAGGACUUUGCAGCGGGUUUUGCAUAUCAGCCUGGCAAUAAUAAGAGGCUAAUCGACCAUGUGGACUUAACGGAUGAUCGCAAUUCGUCUAAAAAAUUAAAGCAAACAACGGUAUCGCGCGCCAUGCCCGUCGAUUACGGUGAUGAUAUCAAAGCGAUAGAGGACAUUGAGGACUAUCGUCCAAGAACUUUCGUUACACGACUGUUAGCUAUUUUUCCUUCGCUCUCGAUUUAUGAAGGCUUGAAGGCCUAUUCAGAAUUUUCAGGGAAUUUUGACCGCGCUGCUGAGAAACUCGCCAGGCAGAGAGAUCCCAGCCAUAUGCCGUCAUCACCAGACGAACUAACUACAUAUCCCACCAAGCCAGCGAAUACAGCUAAGCAGAAUAUCAAGUCCAAACAGAAGAUUGCGCAGAGAUACACGGCCAAUGUCCAGAGGAAGGAGGUUGUGGUUAUUGACGAUGAGGAAGCCAAGCCCGCCAAAGGCAGGCGCUUGAUACGCGGGCCUCGUCCUGGCGCUACUUCUUCAGAGGCCUCGCCGGCCCCUCUAGUCGCUACGUCUAAACCGAAAGGUCGACUCAUACGGGGGAAAAAUAUGAAAAGAGAUGUUUCACCCGAAGAGGAAAGCAUGGCUUCUGCCGAAUCUGGGUCCGAUGAGGAUGCUAGUUCCGAUGAAGAUAAUAGUGGUAUUGAAACAAAGGUGCUCGACUUCAUAAAUACAUGCACUGCACCAGCUCUUGCAGAUCUGGCUACGACACCUGAGUCUAUUGCAGCGACAAUUCUUGCUCAACGACCUUUCCGCUCUCUCAACGCGGUGCGAUCUGUAACGGCCAGCGAGAAUAUCGAAAACCAAGCGACUACCCAAAAGAAAUCCAGAAAACCCAAGAAGCCUAUUGGCGACAAGGUUGUCGACAAGGCGAUUGAAAUGAUGAAGGGCUACGAGGCCUGCGAUGCGCUAGUUGCCCAUUGUGAAAGUCUUGGGAAGCCCUUGGCGGCUGAAAUGAAGCAAUGGGGCAUUGAUAUGUUUGGAAAUAAAGAAAGCGGUGAACUAGAUCUCGUCUCGUUGGAUCACGAUUCAGGAAUCGGCACCCCGACGACCGAUGACGGCGAUGAUGUUGUGGCUCAUGGUGGACGAAAAUCGCGUUUCGUUUCUCAGCCAUCGAUCAUCUCGAAUGAGUGGACGUUGAAGAACUAUCAGAUUGUGGGCAUCAAUUGGUUAUCACUGCUAUUCCACAAGAAACUGAGCUGUAUUCUUGCCGACGACAUGGGUUUGGGAAAAACAUUCCAAGUCAUUGCAUUCCUUGCGCAUUUGUAUGAACAAGGAAUCACUGGUCCUCACCUUGUCGUUGUGCCCUCAUCCACACUAGAGAAUUGGCUCCGCGAAUUCAACAAGUUCUGCCCUACCCUCAAUGUUAUGCCUUAUUAUGCCAAACAACAAGAGCGAGCUGAGAUUCGAGCUGCGAUUGACGAUGAUAGGGAAAACGUGAAUGUCGUGAUCACAACUUAUACAGUUGCAAAGGCUAAAGAAGACUCGCGAUUUUUAAGGAAUGUUGGGUUCUCCGUCUGCGUAUUCGAUGAAGGACAUGUGCUCAAGAAUAGCGAAUCCAAAAUUUACGAUCAACUAGUCAGGAUUCCUGCGGAUUUCCGGUUACUGCUUACCGGAACGCCACUGCAGAACAACCUACAGGAGCUGGUUUCGUUGCUUGGGUUUAUGUUGCCGGAUAUUUUCAGCAAGCACAAAGAGGACUUGCAAACGAUAUUUGCGAACAAGGCCAAAGCUACGGAUGUUUCAGAGCACGCUACACUACUAUCCGCUCAACGUAUUGCGCGUGCUAGGUCUAUGAUCGCGCCCUUUGUGCUUCGGAGGAAAAAGCAUCAGGUUAUCGACUUGCCUCCCAAGAUUUCUCAAGUUGAGUACUGCGAACUCAACGAAACUCAGCGGAAGAUCUACGAGCAGGAGAAAGAGGAGGUUCGCAAGAUGAUUGCUGAUCGUGCUGCGGGCACAAAGACGGGGAACAAGUCAGCGCAUAUUCUAAUGAAACUGCGUUUCUCAGCGAUUCACCCCCUGUUGAAACGCAGGCUCUAUGACGAGAAAGUCCUUAGCAAGAUGGCCAAGGCGUGCUUAAAGGAGGAGAUGUGGUCGCAGUCAGAUCCCGAUAUCAUCUUUGAAGAAUUGCUUGCAUACAAUGAUUUCGAGUGUCAUUCCAUGUGCGUGAAGCAUCCAAAGUCUCUCGGAUCGUUCGCUCUGAAGAAUCAGGAAUGGAUGAACUCCGGGAAGAUCGAUAAGCUUUGCGAAUUACUCAAACGAUUCAAAGAAAAUGGCGACCGGACCUUGAUAUUUUCACAGUUCACCCUCGUCAUGGAUAUAUUGGAGUAUGUCCUCGAAACACUCAACAUGGGCUUCUUCCGCCUUGAUGGCCGCACUAGCGUUGAAGACCGCCAGUCGAUUCUCGAUGCAUUCUACGAGCAGACGGAGAUCCCAGUCUUCAUGCUGUCCACAAAAGCUGGAGGUGCAGGCAUCAAUCUUGCGUGCGCUAACAAGGUCAUUAUUUUCGACUCCAGCUUCAAUCCGCAGGAGGACGUGCAGGCGGAGAACCGUGCGCAUCGCGUUGGGCAAACCAAGGAAGUGGAGGUGAUCCGACUUGUGACUAAGGGCACCAUUGAGGAACAGAUCUACGCCCUGGGACAGACGAAGCUAGCUCUCGAUCAGCGAGUUGUCGGUGACGAUGCCGCGGAGUCGAAGCGCAGCGAAGAGGUCGGCAUGAAGGUCGUCGAGGAGAUGAUCACGGCUGACCUGAAGGGCGAUACCAAGUAA